CAGCGAUCAAAGGAGGUCCGCAGUGCCAUCGACACCUUGGUGAAGGACAACCUUGGCGAUCGAUACGCAGACAUGAUUGAGAUCACACACCUUGGUACUUCGCCGGAGAAGCAAGGCCUUGGUUACGGCACAGCAUUGGUGAAAGUGGUCACCGACAUUGCAGAUGGACAAGGCCUCGCGGUGACCUUGAUCACAACGGAUGCUUACAGGUUUUACGAGUUCGUCGGGUUUGAGCUUGUCGCAGAGAAGCUCGUCGGAGUAGACAAUCCAACUUGGGAUGGUGCACCGGUUCCCAUCCGCCUUGUGAGUGGUGCCAAUCGUGUUGUCAAUAUCAUAGUGGCAGCGCUGAGGACAUUUACACGCAGAUGCUGA